AGGUGCACACAUGAACGCGCCUCUGUCAACUCAAGGCGUUGAGAGAUGAGGGAAGUCAGACAGCUGUAGCUUUAGUCAUAAUUUUGUUAUAAUGACACCUCUUUCUGUCACACAGACCUGUCAGAAAGCACAGUAAUACUACACAGAGAGUGUGUUUAUUUCGUCUUGUAGUGUUUUGCUGUGGGUGAAGAUGGCGCAAGCGUUAUCUGAAGAGGAGUUUCAUCGCAUGCAGGCUCAGCUCUUGGAGUUGAGAACGCAGAACUACCAGUUAUCUGAUGAGCUGCGGAAAAAUACAGCAGAGCUGAACAGUGUUCGUCAGAAGAUCUCAACCUUGGAGAAAGACUAUGUGAAAGCACAGAAGGCUUUGAACAAAAGCAAGAAAGCACAGGAGGUAGAUGCAUUGCUCAGUGAGAACAAGAUGCUUCAGGGGAAGUUACACAGUCAGGAAGAUGAUUUUCGAUUGCAAAACAGCACCCUUAUGCAAGAGCUGUCCAAGUUAUGUUCCCAGAUUGAACAGUUGGAGCUAGAGAAUCAAGGGUUGAGGGAUGGUCAAGGUUUGGAAAGACCCGCCUCCAGCCCCACCUCUGCUGAGCUCCUGCGGCUCCAGGCUGAAAACUCCGCCCUGCAGAAGACAUUGACAGCUAUUCAAGAACGCAAAGAUGUCCUCAUCGAUGGAGAGGCUGACACUAAUGGAGUCCAGUCAGAGGCCAGCGGUCACAGUGAAGACACCGGUGUCCCAGGCAGUAAUGAAGUGGACCAGGCCGAAGUGCAGGAUGUGAAACCAGAACGAGAUAAUGAUCGUAGCGAUGUAAAGUUGAAGCUCCAAACAGUGAUGGAAGAGAAAAGCUUAUUAAGAGAGCAACUGCAGUCACUGGAGACAUCCAAGCAGACAGAAAUUGUAAAACUUCAAGAAGAAAAUGCUAAGUUAUCUGACAAACUGAAGAAAAAACAAGAAAGCUUUCAGCGACUACAGGUUGAGAAAGAAGCACUUUACAAUGACAGCAGGACUAAAAUUGAUGAGAUCCAGCAGAGGAAAGAGGAGGAGCUGAAAUCCAUAAACCUACGUGUGCAGAAAGUUCAAGCCGAUUUAAUGGCCGCCAACCAGAAUGUGGCUGAGCUGAAGGAACAGUUGCAGAGUAAACAGAAAGAGCAUGAGAUGGCCAUCCACGCGCUCAAAGAUCAGGUAGCAUGUCAAAGUGCUGUCAGUCAGGAGCAGGUGGAGGGUAUGCUGAGUGAGAACGAUGCUCUCAGGACAAAUCUUGCAGCCCUAGAACAGAUUCAAACUGUGAAGACUCAGGAACUGAAUUUGCUGAGAGAGCAAAACAUGGCACUUAACAGCGAGCUUCAGCAGAGACGGGGUGAUCAGGAGAGCUUUCUGGCACAAAGAGAUGAUCUGAACUCUCAGCUACAGGAGUCAAACCGAGCAAACAGUCGACUGCUGGAGCAACUCACUGAAGUGGGGCUAGAUAAAGACAAAUUACAGCAGGAGUUAGAAGAGGCCAGAAAGACUGCAGAUAAGCGUAAGGUCAUGCUUGAUGAACUGGCCAUCGAGACGGCACAGGUGAAGUCUCAGCACAAAGAGGAGCUCGGCGACGUGCGUCUCCAGCAUGAGAAAGAGGUGCUGGGCAUCAGAGCGCGCUAUGAAAAGGAACUCCGGGGCCUCCACGAGGAGAAGAACCGCACGGAAGAGGAGAUCCGAUCACAGCUGCGAGAUGAGAAGGCACGCAAUAAAGAGCUGGAGGGCCUUCAGCCGUACGUGGAGGAACUAAAAGCUCAGGUUCAGUCGAUGGAGGGAACGAAGGGCUGGUUUGAACGCAGGCUCAAGGAAGCAGAGGAGACUAUGGAAAAUAAAGUUCUGGAGCAUUCAGAAGAGAUCCAGAGACUGCAGCGAGAACACACAGUUCAGCUGGAGGCUAAAGCUGCAGAGGUGGAUGGUGUCAAACAGCAAGUGACAGAGCUGGAGAAGGAGAAAGAAGAUCUCAAAAACACAAUCGGCAAACUGAAACAGGAAAUCAAAGAUGUAGUGGAUGGACAGAGAAUCCUGGAGAAAAAAGGCAGUUCGGCGCUGAAAGACUUAAAAAGACAACUUCAUUUGGAGAGAAAACGAGCAGAUAAACUUCAAGAGCGUCUGCAGGAGAUUCUAACCAACACUAAGACUCGUACAGGUCUGGAGGAGUUGGUGUUGUCAGAAAUCAGUUCCCCGAGCCGUACGCAGCAGACCGGUGACAGCAGCAGCAUUUCUUCUUUCAGCUAUAGGGAGAUCAUGAAAGAUGGAGCGUCCGCACCCAGCACCAAUAAGUCGAAUACCAGCAGUCCUCAAUCUCAGCGACCGGCUGACCUUUCAGACGAUGAGGUUGGCGAGCUCUUCCAGAGACUUGCUGAGGUCCAGCAGGAGAAAUGGAUGCUGGAGGAGAAGGUCAAACACUUGGAGGUCAGCUGUGCCUCAAUGGCCGAUGACAUCUGUAAAAAGAGCGCCAUCAUCGAGACGUACGUCAUGGACAGCCGAAGAGAUGGAGGUGGAGUGGCUCAUGGACAUGUGGCUCAGGGAGAACGUGGAGGUUUGAGCUCUGUGUUUAGGGAUCUGGUGAAACCUGGAGAUGAGAACCUGCGUGAGAUGAACAAAAAACUGCAGAACAUGCUAGAAGAGCAGCUGACCAAGAACAUGCACCUUCAGAAGGAUCUAGAGGUUUUGUCUCAGGAGAUCGUUCGUCUGAGUAAAGACGGCACCUCUGAGGAAAGCUCCAAAGCCACGGGCUAAAGCCCUACGCCCGAUGAUUCAGUACCCUUCUGUUUCUCUCUCUUUCUCUCUCAUCUCUUCACGGCUACCAGGAGGGAAGUUACGUCCAUCUCUUGCAAGAUUUGACCUCCGGCUGGAAUCUCAGAUGUUUAGGAGCACAGAGGGUCACAACAGAUCGUGUUCAUCUGUGAUUUACAUGCUACUGAAUGUAAUGUAACACUUCAUAUGUUUGUCUGUGACUGGAAAGAACUGAUGACACGGGGUCGGCGUACCGUCCUCUGCUGCUUGAUACGUGUUAAUGGGUCUGGGGCGUCGUCUCUGUGGUCCGGACGGACCGCUAGCGGCUUCUAAACCUACCACUAAUGUCCCGGUUCUGGAGAUUACACCGUGUGUAACAGUUAGGUGUCUGCUUUCUUAAACUGCUGUCACUGUUGUGUAUAUUUGUUUUUGCUGAAAAAGAUUAUUUUAUGUGUGGGCAUAGAUUUGAUCAUCAGAAUUGUAUUUAUUUGUGCCAGAGGAUCCAGCUAGCGUAGUGUUUGUACGUCUACAGAAAGCUGCCGCAGUGCGUGAUGUUUCUCAAGUUCUGCAGACUUCAUUAGUAUAUCAACACAUUCAGAAAGUUUUCUAGAUGCGAUAAUUACCAGAGCAAUUUGUGUCGGCUCUCAAAAUGUUCCUGCGAAGGAAAACGACUCCCUGGACUUCCCUUAUUAAACAGCAAUCUCGCCGCGUCUUAACCACACGCUCUGACACCUCCGUAUCCGCCUCAGAACCGACAGCGCUGUUGAGGAACCCAGCAAUUUACAACAAUGCCCACUCGACUCCCGUCAGAAAACACAACAUCUGUUAUCUCUAUUGUUUGGUGAAUUUAGUUUUUACGUUUUCAGCUUUGUGUAAACAUUUUAAAGUCUGACACAGUGUUUUAUUUUGAGAUUGUUUCAGUGUGAUGUAAUUGCGGUGACGCUGCAGUAGAAGAGCAACAGGACACAGGUUUUGAGUCGUGAGAUUGUUAAAAAUAUGAAGAUUGUCUUAUCGUAAGUUCUCAGGCUCAGUUCGUAUUUUUGUGCGUAAUUGCUUGCACUUGAUUUUUUCAUAAAACUAACCAGCGCACUACGGAUCUCAGAUAGAGUAGACACUAGAUUUAAUUUGAUGCAAGUUUAUAAGCAGAUAUAUAUUCAGUACCCCUCUUUAUUUAGGAUUCAUAUUAUUAUCUUGGUGUUGUGCUUUAAGUUAAAGGAUUACUCCACUUUCAUAUUGAUAAUAAAAAUAUUUUACUCGCCACCAUGGGAUCCAAGGUGUUUAUAUCUUUCUUUAGUCGAAAAGAAAUUAAGUUUUUUUUUUAGGAAAACAUUUCAGGUUUUUCUCCAUCUAGUGGACUUUAGUGGACCUCAACAGUUUUAAUGCAGCUUCAAAGCGAUCCCAAUCGAGGCAUAAGGGUCUUAUCUAGCAAAACCAUCGCCAUUUUCACGCAAAAAUAUGUACUAUUAAACCAGAGCUUCUCAUCUUGCGCUAGCCGUGUAAUGCGCCACAUGUGAAACGCACACUUGCAGACCAUUUUAAGCAAUAAACUGACACAAAUAUGUUAUUAGUAUAACAUACAACAACGUCUGAAUGCUUCUCUUUCUCCACACACUGCAAAAAUGACUUUCUUACUUAGUAUUUUUGUCUUGUUUUCAGUUAAAAUAUCUAAAAUGUCUUAAAUUAAGAUGUGUUUUCUUGAUGAGCAAAAUGACCUAGGAAAAUAAGUCUAGUUUUUAGAUAAAAAAAUUAACUUUAAGUAAAUUAGUGCCUAAAACAAGCAAAAAAAAUCUGCCAAUAGAAGUGCUUAUUUCAAGACUUAUUUCAAGACAAUGUUUCUUAUUCAAUUGGCAGAUUUUUUGUUUGCUUUAAAAGUUUAUAUUUUUUCGUCUAAAAACUAGACUUAUUUUCCUAGGUAAUUUUGCUCAUCAAGAAAAUACAUUUUUUUUGCAGUGCACUAGUAUUUUUGUCUCUUUUUUUCAGUAAAAAUAUCUAAAAAUUGUUAACUUAAGAUUUAUUUUCUUGAUGAGCAAAACGACUCAAAAAAAAUAAGUCUAGUUUUUAGACCAAAAAUAUCAAAUGUAAGUGAUUUUGUGAAUAAAACAAGCAAAAAAAUCUGCCAAUGGGGUAAGCAAAUUUUUCUUUAAUUUUUCUUGAAUUUUGUGUUUAAGAAAAAUGUUCAAGCACAGAUUUACUUAAAUUUGAUAUUUUUGGUCUAAAAACUAGACUUAUUUUAUUGUGUUGUUUUGCUCAUCAAGAAAAAGCAUCAUAAUUUAAGAAUUUUUAGAUAUUUUUUACUGAAAACAAGACAAAAAUACUAAGAAUUUUUUUCUUAAAUCAUUUUUUGCAGUGUGGUAGUUUCACAUACGUCAUGUGUGACCUUUCAACAUGAUUACGUAAUACAAGAGGUCACGCUGGUGCAUCACACGGCUAGUGCAAGAUGAGAAGCUGUGUUUUAAAAUUACAUUUCAAUAAUUUUUUACAAAAAAUGAUGAUGGUUUGUCUAGAUAAGAGCCUUAUGUCUCAUUUGGGAUCGUUUUGAAACCUUUAACACUGCAUUGAAACAGUAAACUGUUGAGGUCCACUAUAUGGACUUGCAUAUGGAGUUGCAUUUUUUAUAAGUGGAAUAUUCCUUAAACAAAAUAUUAAUAUGACAUGUUUCCAGAUUUCCAGUGGACAAAACUGCAUGGAUAGGUGGAAAAAUGCUGGGUUAUUUUCAACCCAGCGUUGGGUCAAAAAGUGAUGAACCCAACCCAUUGGGUCGUAAUUUAACCGAUACUGGGUUGUUUUAACCCAUUGUUGGGUCAGAUAUAAAUGUGACCCAAUGCUGAGUUAAACAUUUUUAUGUAUAAAAUAAUAGUAUUAACCAUACAACCCCUACUCUAAAAAAAUGUUGUGUCAAAUAUGGGAAAACCCAACUGUUAGGUUAUAAAUAACCAUUUGCUAUGUUUGUAAUUACCCAACCCAGCAUUUAGGUUGAAAUUAAUCCAAUGUGUAUGGUUUGUCUUGUAACUCUUUUAAGCAUUGAGCAGACUGUCUAUCUCUCUCUUGCAGACUUGUUUUGUUUUCUAUCAGAGUAAAUAUGGUGUCUACUUCGAAUGAGGUCCAUUAAUCAUUUUAGAUGCAAUGAAUUAUGACCAAACAGCUCUGAGAAAUGAUUGUUAGUUGAAUCUGUUGUGAUUGGACAACAGAACAUAUUAGAUGAUUCGUGAUUUUUGUGACAUGAGAUUAUAAAAGCUGCGUCCAUCCAUUUCAUAAGUGAGUCUGUGUUAAUGAAUAUAAAUGCAUAUAUUCAAGGUUUAAUUAUUCAUGAGCGGUUACUUUUCUGUUUAUUUAAAGCUUUUGUUAGGUUACUGCAAUGCUUUAAACUUGACUAAUAGACGGUUAAUCAGCUCGUGCAUGGUGCUUAAUAUGCCUGCUGUUUCUGACUUCCAAAGGAAAUCCUGACUGAAAGAUUUUCCAUAGUUUUCCCAUCCUACGAACACCUCACACAAUUUAUAUCAUUCACGGGUGGACAAACUGUGUUUUUUGUAAUCACAACUGACAUUGCAGUAAAGAUUCACUUACUGUAGAUCAUCACACUCCAAAAGAAUGACGGAUGUUUGCCUUUGAAGCUCAGAUUGUUUCUUGUUUUGCCUUCUUAGUCUUAUCUAAUAUCUGCCAAUUUAGCUUUUCUUUAAUCCAGAUCAUCAGCUGAUCAGCACUAACACAUGAAAAUAAAUCGAAUUAUAUUACUAAUCCCCAAUAAACCACUACAUGCUGUAGGAUUCAUAUUUAUUUAUGUGCAUUUGUCAUGUCAUGUCUUUCAUAUC